AUGAUUAAUAAAUUUGCACCCAUUGAAGAGAAAAACAAGUUUUCUGAAUAUCCUUUAUUGGAGGGAAAUGAUAUCAUGGAGUUCACACCGGCCAAUAUUGGACGGCCAAAAGUUUGGGCUCAGACUCGUCAAGAACUCUGCGAGUCAUUAGAUUACUUCCGAGCGUGGCAGAGUGGUGUAUAUUUUCAGAUGAAUACAGUAUAUGGAUUUUUGGUAGAUGGAUUUGGUUCGUCAAGAGAUGUUUGCAAUGGACGUGUGAUAAUUUCUCAUGGUGGUGGGAAGAGUUUUAAAGGCAAGAACGGAAAAUUUAGAUUAAUUGCAUCUCAAUUACUUGAUGACAGUUCAAUUAAAUCACUUAUAAACAAUUAUCUAUAUAAUAAGCCUGUUGUUUUAUUAAUUGGAAAUAAAAAGAAAGCAAGUUUUCAUCCAGAGUAUGAAGAUUCACAAAAUCAAGAAAUGGAAGUUGAUAAAGUUGAUGAUAACGAUAACUAUGAAUAUAACAAGGCUUCUUUACUUAAUGAUAAUAAAACAUCAAAAGUUAACAAUGAUGAUAAAGGCCCUCAACAAUUUAUGCGUUGGAAAUUUCGUUUCGAAUGGAUCAGAGAACAACAGUAUCAACCGUGGUGGGAAAGUCCGAGUGAAACAAUUUCAUUAAACACUUUAGGCUCAAGUACUUUAAAGCCCUUUAAAUGCCCUGAAUGCUCGAAAUCAUCCAGUAAAAUAUUUAAGCAGGGCUGUAUUUGCUUAAAUCAUGAAUGCAUACAUUUUUGGGAGCUUUUCAGAUUUGAUAAUGUGUGGGAAUCAAUUCCCAAGGAUUUGGAAUAUGUUGAUGAGUUUUUGAAACCUGGUCUUUUUGUAUCUAUGAAUUAUUUAAAUCUGCCCUUUUCAGUAAUGCCACCACCUUUAACACCAUCAACAAGUCCAUUAUUACCAUCUUCAAAUAAAAAUUCAUAUUUUAAAGAUUUUGGUUUUUUAUUUUGGAGAGGAUUUCAUUGUAGAAGAUGUGGUCGUUUAUCAUGUCGUAAAGACUGGCAUGCUUCAAUGUUAUCUAAUCCACAUCGACUUAUAUUCAUUGCACCUGCAAUGGAUUGUGAAGGAUCAAUAACGAAAAGCAGCGAUAUUACUAUAACUCGUCAAAUUUUAUCAAAAGAGCAGUUAUUGAUUAAAUAUAAUUUACCUGAAGGUGGUUAUAUAUUACAUUUAAUUAGUAAUAAACAUAUCACUAAAAAAUGCGAUGAUAUUUUUCGUCGUUAUCAAGCUGAAGAUAUGCCCUUUAGACGAAAUUGUCUUAAAAGAAAUAAGUUGGACACUGAAAUGCUAUCUCGUCAAUUUACCUUUUGUGUUGGUGAAGAAUAUAUACAUGCAAUUGAUGCCAAUAGAUUAUCAUUUGAAGAUGCGCCAUCUGUGGUUACUGACACCUUUGAUUUUGUUCUUACACAGUGCAAAAACAUUUUACCAACAGCAAAUUUCAAUCAAACACUUUCAAUUGCAUACCUAAUUGAUCAAAUG